AUUCAACUUCCGAGACUCCGUGUCUAUACACAACUUGAACUUGGUAAGUUGGGGUUCUCUAAGACUCCAAUUAUACCAAGCGAUCUCUUCAACAAUGGCCUCAGUUCUCCGGUUGUACAAUGCGGCUCUCAUCCGAAGACCCAUGUUCGCACAGUCCGCCACUGCUGCCUUUUUAUUUGGCGCAGGUGAUGUGAUCGCUCAGCAAGUCAUCGAACGCCAGGGGAAGAAUCAUGAUUUCAUGCGCACUGCACGCCUCACUUUUUAUGGAGGAGCGUUCUUUGGGCCGGCCUUGACAAAAUGGUAUCAACUUCUGAACCGCAUCAAGUUCUCUAGUCCUACCAAGGCUGUGAUAUAUCGUGUCUGGCUGGACCAGGCGAUUCUGACCCCUGUGGCUGUUGGAUUCUUUUUUGGCACGAUGAGUAUCAUGGAGGGAAAGGGUAUCUCUGGUGCACAGGAACGCAUCAGUACUGCGUAUACCCCAACAUUAAUUCGUAACUGGGGCGUCUUCAUACCCACCCAAAUCAUCAACUUUGCUAUUGUACCGCAUCACCUCCGCUUUGUUGUCGUGAGCGUUGUCAGCUUGUUUUGGAACACGUACCUCAGCGCUGUCAAUGCCAGUUCGCAGCACCAAGAAGCAGUCGAAUCAGACAAAGUCAAUGAGAAGUAGCAUAAUCGUAAUUCGUGGUGCGCCUCCCACCAGCAUGUGUAUAGCGAUUAGAUCAUCAGCACUGUCAUCACACGUAGAGAUUUUUUGUUCAUUGCUGAAGAAUUCAGGGUGCAUACUGAAGGCCAAGACACAGCGCGAGCAAUCCUAAGAUCCG